AGUCUCACUCAGUCUUCAAUCAUCUUCCUCAUGUAAUACGGGAUAGCCGGAUCGAAUCCCAUCCAAAAAGCCCGGUGUACAACAUACUAGCAGAAAAUUAAGGAAUUUGUUUGACGAGAUGGACGAAAAAUUAGACGGCGAAGUGAGUGGCCACGCAAUGGCGACAACAAUUGCAUUGGAAGAUUUAUCGACAGACAAAGCCAAUGAUAAACGAGAGAGCCUUGAAUCAAACGAUGCCGCCACUAAGGUAGCUGCUACAUCCGGAGAGCUAACCUUUAAACCUAUUUCGAACUUUGAGACCAUGAUUCAUUUCCUGAAAGGUAACAUUGGUACAGGCAUCUUUUCCAUGCCUUCGGCCUUCAAAAAUUCAGGCCUGUGGGUCGGAACUGCUUUACUUCCGAUUUUUGCUAUUAUUUGCACUCACUGUAUGCAGAUGUUGGUAAAAUCAGCAUCUGUUAUGAAAAAGAGAGAAGGCGAUUUUUCUGUUUCAUAUGCAGGUGUAGCGGAAAGCGUUUGUCGUACCGGCCAAAAAAAAUACGCUAAAUUUGGAGAAGCCUUUGGCAUAACGGUGAAUGUUUUCAUUUGCCUCACGAAUUUUGGAGCCUGCGUUGUAUACAUCGUCUUCACAGGUACAAAUAUGUGGGAGGUGGUGGAAUAUUACACAGGCUUGGGAUGGGACGUGCGCAUAUACAUGUGUUUUAUGACCAUUCCAAUUAUAUUCAUCACAUGGAUCCGCAAUCUUAAGCUUUUGGCACCCGUGUCGGUGGUGGCCGGAAUUGUGCAAUUGGCCAGCAUCAUCGUCGUCUUCUAUUACAUAUUCCAAGAUCCUUUGCCACCAGUUAGCUCUGUGCCAGCUUUCGGGAACUGGUCACGUCUGCCCUUGUUUUUCGGUACGGCCGUCUUUGCGUUUGAAGGCAUUCCAUUGGUAUUACCCAUCCAGAAAGAAAUGGGCCGCCCGUGGGAUUUCAAAGGUUGGACUGGAAUCCUUAACACUGGAAUGGUUUUAAUUACUGUAAUCUACGUUUCUAUGGGUUUCUAUGGUUACUUAUCGUUUGGGGAUGAAAUCGGUGGGAGCAUUACACAAAAUUUACCAAAAGACGAUGUGUUAGCUCAAGUGGUUAAAAUCUUGUUAGUCAUGGCUAUUUUUGGGAAUUAUGCUAUGGCAUUUUACGUUCCCAUUUCCAUCAUAUGGCCACCUUUAUCGAAACAUGCAGCCCGGUAUACCAGCAAUCUGUUUGCCGCUGAAUUAAUGUUUCGCACAUUCAUGGUCCUUGUUACCUUACUUCUGGCUGUAGCGAUUCCCAAAAUUGACUUGGUUAUUUCGCUUGUUGGAGCAGUUAGCGGAACGUUUUUGGCACUCAUUUUCCCACCGAUGCUAGAAUACAUUACGUACGCACCUAACGUCAGUAAAUUAAACCUCACCAAACAAAUCGCCAUCCUCAUCUUUGGAGCCAUUUCAUUCGCCACCGGGACCUAUUGCGCUGUUUUAGCCAUCGUGCAAGAAUUUAGCGAUUAACGCUUGUUAAUUGAUUUUACUUUGCACGUAAGAAAAUUGAAGCCGAAAAAAAAAAUAAACGAAAGAAACAAAAAUAAA